AUGGAUGGGAUCUCUGAAAGGCUAAACGGAGUUAGCCUGCGAAGCGAUUCUCGCCCGUUUAACUACUGGUUCAUAGUAGCGCUGAGCAAGAAGAUGGUACACAUUUACAAAUUUUACCCGAAAUCCGAGUCUAACUCAGAGGAGAGGCUCGAGUUAAGCUGGGAGGAAUCAGGGAUUCUAAAAUCAUUCGUGAGCAACAGGGGGAAUCUGGUGUGUGUUUUGAGGGAGUCCUCGAGCGUUCUCGAGCUGCUGGACGUGGAGACGAGGAACGUGGUCGCUAAGGUCGCAGUUCCCUCAGAUUCCUCGGUCAAAAACGUGGUGUUCAGUCCUCUAGAUACGCACCUGAUCGUUUUGACAAACUGGGCAGAAGACAACGCCAACAACUUGAAGGUUUACAACCUAACAGGAGAAGGGUGCCAAGAUGUACUAUCUCUCCCGUACGAAAAGUCGUACGUAGUCAGUCGUUUUCCGACUUGGACUUUAGACGAGUCGUAUUGCAUUUUGAGGGUUGGAAACGACAUUAAGGUGUGGAAGGACAACAACUUUUCCGAGCCCUUUGAAACGCUGACAGUCACACUGAGUGCUGCUGCAAGUCAAAACAAUCACGCGGAAGGCACAAGUGUUCCACUCCCUAGCGGCUCAAUAAUAUCACUGUCUCCACCGAACGAAAAGGGUGUAUGUUAUAUUGGUAUUUUUGCCUCUAAUUUUGGUAAAUUUGGCAGAGGUGUCUUAAAAGUAUACUCAAUAAGCAAGCUACAAAAGCCGAUCUUCGCCAAAGAAUUCGACGAAGCUGAGGAGGGAGAGUUGUUUUGGAAUAAUAAAGGCACAAAUCUGCUAUUCAGGACAUUCACAAAUGCAGUUAAAGGAAUUUCAUCCUACUACGGAGCAAAUUCACUAUACCUAAUCAAUUUGUCUAAUGGUAAACACAAAACAAUAAGUACCGUAAGUGAGGGAAUCAUUCACGAUAUCUCGUGGUCACUGACUAAAAACGAGUUUUUAAUUUUGAAGGGUCCAAUGCCGGCAGAGAUUGACCUGUACGACGGUAACACUGGGCUUAAAACGCUGAGUUUCGGAAAGAAUAACAGGAACACGGUGAAAAGAGACCCCUUUGACCGGUUAGUGUUGAUGGGAGGGUUUGGGAAUCUGAGAGGCGAAAUCGACAUUUGGGACAUGAAAACCAAAAGGAAAAUAGCGCAAUCAAAAUCUGACUGCUCUGUUACUUGUGAGUUUUCCCCGGAUGGACGAUACUUUGUAACCGCCACCACUGUGCCCAGGAUGAGAGUGGAUUGCUGUUUCAAAAUAUUCACACACGGUGGAAAGUUGAUUAAAAAGGUCGAUUUUGGCGAGCUGUAUCACGUACACGUCAGGGCCUCGCAGUUUAAAUACACACAACGCGACCCAUCGCCUUCAGUCACGCUCGAAAACACAGUCACUACCACUGCACUUUAUCGGCCGCCCGGUUCAAACCCCAACUUGAAGAUCAUAAAACAGACAAACAUUCCAACCAACACUGCUGUUCCUGUUGUCAAUAAGCCGAAACUGGCGGGGCCACCUGGAGCCGAUGCUGCACUUUUAUUAGCUGCUUCUAAGAUCAAAAAGAAGAAUAAGAAGAAAAAUUGA